AUGCAUUCCAACACCGCCGUUACCAUCCUGAUCGCCCUCGCUGGCAUCGGCUCCGUCUCUGCAGAGGGCAUCAACUGCGAAGGCGCAGCUGGUUGCAGUUUUGCAGGCACUGGGAUUGCAAAGCAGCUCCAGACAUACAUCGACUCCGCGAGCGACAGUACUUGGUUCAACAAUGGACAGCAAAUCGCCUGCUCCAACGGCAUUUGUGCAUUCUUUCAAGGAACUGGCGGAGGCUGGGGGAGCGAUGCUAAGAGAUUGGCUGCCGAUAGCUGCGUAGACAAGGUGCUGACGAAUGAACUAGUUGUUGGCCACGGAGGCUUGGAAAUUUCGGAGCGGUUGACAGGUCGUCUCUUGGAUAUUGUUAUGGUCUGA